AGAACAUCAACCACUCCACCACAACACCAUGGAGGCUUCGCACCCGGAAGAGCGGCCGCACAAGAAGCGCCGUUUCUUCGCCGAGGACUCGUCGCCCGCCCAGGUGCAGCCUGUUCGCCACUAUUCGCCCGCACAGUCUGCAUCGCCGGAGCCCUCAAGCCCGGCACCAGUACGCGAGAAGGAGACUGACACGCAAGAUGCAGUGGCCAUGGAGGGAUUCGACGUGGAGAUGCUGCAGGCUGUUGUGGGAGAACUGUCUCUUGCCACAAUGCAGAAGCUCAAGGACGUAAGCGGCAACAACGUCCAGCAGGCUAUAAACCUGUAUCUCGACGGCUCAUGGAACUCUGCGCCACCGCGAGCAACCCCGACCGUUCCUACUCCAAUCCAUCCCAAGCCAAUCCAGAUGACGAUAGCGAGCACACUGAAGCGCACCGAGUCUGAAGUGUCAAUUGCGUCCACACCCGGCUCAGGUACCUCGACACCCAUGGCGCCUAUACUCAGGGACAUGCCGUCGAAACGCUAUGUUGGCUCGUUCGGCGCCAUUGGAUGGGCAACCAAAAGCGGCUCAAACCUGCUCAAGCAUAACGAAAAGGUGGCUAUCGAGCGCACCAAGAUACAACCGCAGCAAGGCAAAGCCAAGAGAGUUGUUCACCUCAAGAAGCAGGAUGUCGUUGUGAGGUUCAUCAACGACCGAGGAGAAGAGGUGGGUCGAUUGGAGAACGACUCCGCAGCGUGGAUAUCAUCCUUGGUGGACCAAAAAGUGUGUUCGUUUGAGGGUUCCAUUGUAUACACUCCAGACAGAAUACGCACAGGCGACACUAUAUAUCUGCAGCUCCGCGCAUAUUUCCUGCGCAGCGCCUUCGAUAAAAGAAAAUUUGCGAAACCAGACAACAACCGCGAAAUCAGUCUCUUCGAGGCGAAAGAAACCGCCGACGAGCGAGAUCUCCGCCUACGGCAGCUCGGACUUGUGAAGCUCUUCGAGUCAAUCAAUCUCUACCCGUCACGGCAGAACGAGACAACCGAGAAGCACAAGCGACAGGGACUUUUGCAAGCAGCAGAAGAUAAGAAUGACAAGAAAAAGGCCCAGGCUGGAACGCCCGCCGAGGUCGCUUCCUCGCCGCCAUCAGACGACGCGGAAGAAGGCGAGGAGCUGGAACAGGACCAGCUAGAUUCGUUGUACAAAAAAGCGCAAUCCUUUGACUUCGAUACCCCCACUUUGGAGCCUGCAGACACGUUCGUUAUGGAUCUCCGGAAGUACCAGAAACAGGCUUUGUUCUGGAUGGUAGGCAAGGAGAAAGACGAGUCAGUCGACCACAAGGAAACAUCCAUGCAUCCGCUGUGGGAGGAAUAUCAAUGGCCAACUCAGGACGCUGACAAUGAGCCUGUACCUGCUAUAGACGAUCAGAUGAUGUUCUAUGUCAAUCCCUAUUCUGGCGAACUUUCGCUCGAGUUCCCCAAACAAGAGCAAAACUGCCUGGGAGGCAUACUCGCAGACGAAAUGGGUCUCGGCAAGACCAUUGAAAUGCUCAGCUUGAUACAUACUCACAGGACUGAGCUCGAAAAGAGUGAGGCGUCAAAUACCCUCAAGACCCUCCCACGUCUGCAGAAGACCAGUGCGGCUGUUGAGCCCGCGCCGUAUACUACUCUCGUUGUAGCGCCCAUGUCACUACUGGCGCAGUGGCAGAGUGAGGCAGAAAAGGCGUCUAAGGACGGCACUCUAAAGGUCAUGGUCUACUACGGAUCAGAGAAAGCCGCUAAUCUGCAGAAACUUUGCUCUGCGUCUAACGGUACCAAUGCUCCAAAUGUCCUCAUCACGAGUUAUGGAACUAUAUUGUCCGAAUUCAAUCAGGUGGCAGCCCAGGAUGGGAAUCGCGGCUCGCAUGGCGGCAUCUUCUCACUGGAGUACUUCCGAAUCAUCCUUGAUGAAGCACACUAUAUCAAGAACAGACAGUCAAAAACAGCGAAGGCGUGCUAUGAGCUCAGUGCCAAGCAUCGAUGGGUUCUUACUGGAACACCUAUCGUAAAUCGACUCGAAGACCUUUUCAGUCUUGUGCGGUUUUUGAAAGUCGAGCCAUGGAGCAACUUUUCCUUCUGGAAAACAUUCAUUACAGUACCGUUCGAGUCGGGAGACUUCAUCCGCGCUUUGGAUGUCGUGCAGACUGUGUUAGAACCGCUUGUGCUCCGACGAACGAAAGACAUGAAGACGCCAAAUGGUGAAGCUCUUGUGCCGUUGCCACCACGAACCAUCGUCGUCGAGCAGAUUGUGCUCUCACAAGAUGAGCGAGAUGUCUAUGAUCACAUCUACAUGCGCGCGAAGAAUGUUUUCAACGCCAACGCAGAAGCUGGGACGUUGUUGAAAUCAUACACCACUAUCUUUGCACAGAUUCUGCGCCUCCGCCAAUCCUGCUGCCAUCCCGUACUCACACGAAAGGCCAAUAUCGUUGCGGAUGAAGAUGACGCAGGGUUAGCAUCAGACCUCGCCAACGGACUUGCAGACGAUAUGGACCUCACGAGUCUAAUUGAGCGAUUCACUACUGAAGGGGACCAGGAUGUCAACAAAUUCGGUGCCCACGUCCUAAAGCAGAUCCAACUCGAGGCUGAAUCCGAGUGCCCGAUUUGCUCGGAAGAGCCAAUGAUUGACCAAGCAGUCACCGGAUGUUGGCACUCUGCAUGCAAAGAAUGUCUGUUGAACUACAUCAAUCAUCAGCGCGACAAGGGCGAAAUACCACGUUGCUUCAACUGCCGCGAACCCAUCAAUGCCCGCGAUAUCUUCGAAGUCGUCCGCCACGACCACGUCCCCGACUCGCCUACUCACGACUUCAAACCUGCCGAAACCUCUCCUCCAGCCACACAAGCCCCACGUAUCAGCCUCCGCCGUAUCGGUCUCUCUGGAUCCGCAAAAACUCAAGCCCUCCUUACUCACCUCAAAACCAUCCGUCGCAACGACCCCACCGCAAAGUCUGUCGUUUUCUCUCAGUUCACGUCCUUUCUCGACCUAAUCGAGCCCGCUAUAACCCGUGACCACAUCCCUUUUCUACGUUUUGAUGGCUCGAUGAGCCAAAAGGCCCGAGCAAUCAUACUCACAGAGUUUACAUCCUCCCCAAAGCCGUACAUCUUAUUAUUGAGUUUGAGGGCAGGAGGAGUGGGGUUGAACUUGACGUGUGCAAGUAACGUGUUCAUGAUGGAUCCGUGGUGGAGUUUCGCGGUAGAGGCUCAGGCUAUUGAUCGGGUGCAUCGAAUGGGCCAGGAGAAACCAGUGAAAGUAGUGAGGUUUGUGGUCGAGGGGAGCAUCGAGGAGAAGAUGUUAAGGAUUCAGGAUAGGAAGAAGUUCAUUGCCAGCAGUCUCGGCAUGAUGAGUGAUGAGGAAAAGAGGGUGCAAAGGAUUGAAGAUAUCAAGGAGUUGCUGAGUUAGUGUUGAGGUUGCGACAGCCGUGUAAGAUAUUUGGUUGUGGUAUGCCGUGGUUCGACACAGUGCGAUAUGAUGCAUUUUCUGGGAAGCAUACUUCGGCGCAAAUAAAAAUGCAUGUGACCUGUAUGGUCGGACUUAACAGAAUAUGUUUGCUUUGACAUACAUGAUUGUUUCGGCAGCUAGAUUCAUUGCUGGUUUUUCCAAUGAGGCUGAGUCCUCACUGGCUAGAGGUCAGGUGGUUGAGGAGAGGCGAAUUCAAGUAUCGCUGUCAUCUUUUUGCUAUCACAGAUCAGUGGACAGAAAGAAGACGUGGAAGCUGCAGUGUGAGCCAGUGGAACAAAGUAACGUCUCACCAAAUAGCAUACUAAGCAAGACUACAAAAGUG